AUGGAAACUGUUGCAGAUAUCUACGGAAUUGAUUCGAUAGCCGCUGAUCACAAAGAUCAGAAGAUGACCGUAAUCGGUGAAGUGGACACCGUCCUCAUCGCCAAGAAGUUGAAGAAGUUCGGAAAGAUCGACGUCGUCUCGGUCGGCCCAGCUAAGGAAGAGAAGAAGGACGACAAGAAAGAGGGGAAUAAGUGA